AUGAUACUUUAUCUACAGCUGGGGUUGUUGCCUUCCAAGAUUGUUCCAUCAGGGCGGAAUAAACUUCCAUAUUUUAAAAGAACACAAACAAGAAGUAGAGCUUUAACACAUGAGUGGCAUCUGAGAAGAUUUUGGCCUCAUCCUGAAACAUUCAAUUGCUCUGAAUAUGGAAAUGGAUCUUGCCCAGAAGACAAAAGGCCACUGGCUGUCAGAGUCGCCAUGUAUUCACUGAUGGUGGGAGCCAUAUUCAUCACGGUGUUUGGCAAUCUUACCAUGAUAAUUUCCAUUUCCUACUUCAAGCAGCUUCACACGCCAACCAACUUCCUCAUCCUCUCCAUGGCGGUCACUGAUUUCCUCCUGGGGUUCACCAUCAUGCCUUACAGUAUGAUCAGAUCCGUGGAGAACUGCUGGUACUUUGGGCUUACGUUUUGCAAGAUUCAUUAUAGCUUUGACCUGAUGCUUAGCAUAACGUCCAUUUUCCACCUUUGCUCGGUGGCCAUUGAUCGAUUUUAUGCCAUCUGUUACCCUCUCCGGUAUUCCACCAAAAUGACGAUUCCAGUCAUUAAAAGGUUGCUACUUGUCUGCUGGUCAGUCCCGGGAGCAUUCGCAUUCGGGGUGGUCUUCUCAGAAGCCUAUGCGGAUGGAAUAGAGGGCUAUGAUAUCUUGGUGGCUUGUUCCAGCUCCUGCCCAGUGAUGUUCAAUAAGUUAUGGGGAACCACAAUGUUUGUAGCAGGUUUCUUCACGCCUGGGUCUGUGAUGGUGGGGAUUUAUGGCAAAAUCUUUGCAGUAUCCAGAAAACAUGCUCAUGCAAUCAAUAACUUACCAGAAAAUCAAAAUAAUCAAAUGAGGAAAGAUAAAAAAGCAGCCAAAACUUUGGGCAUAGUGAUGGGUGUUUUCUUAUUAUGUUGGUUUCCCUGUUUCUUCACAAUUUUAUUGGAUCCCUUUUUGAACUUCUCUACUCCUGUUGUUUUGUUUGAUGCCUUGACAUGGUUUGGCUAUUUUAAUUCUACAUGUAAUCCUUUAAUAUAUGGCUUCUUCUAUCCCUGGUUUCGCAGAGCACUUAAGUACAUUUUGCUGGGUAAAGUUUUCAGUUCACAUUUCUAUAACACUAACUUAUUUACUCAAAAAGAAAUCGAAUAG